CAGCCACGCCCUGCCGUACGAUCAGGUUGUCGACAGAUCAAUCCAUGCGAGCUUAUCGCGAACAGAGUUCGGGCUCAGAUCGACCUCGGCUCGGGAUGCUAUCGAACUCUAGCUCGGGCUGCUAUCGAGCGAGCUCGGCUCAUCUCCUCCCUCUGACUCUUAUUUCCCCUGUCUCCUGACUCUUUCCUCCCUUGGUCUUCCUUCCCUGCCGGCGACGACUGGGCGAGCCGCGGCGCUACUCGUCACGUCUUCGCCCAGCCCUUCGCCGGCGACGAGCAUCCACCAGGGCAGCUCUUCGUUAGUGGAAACAGUAACGGGAGCAUGAUGAGGAAUUCAGAGCAAUGCCUGCAUGAGACAGUUGCUAAAAGAAGAAACCUACAAAAAAUUUCACUUUCCGAUCUCCCAAUGGAUAUUUUAUCAACGAUAUUGUCGCUGCUGCCAAUAAAUGACGCUAUAAGGACAAGUGUAUUGUCAAGAAAAUUGAAGUAUGUUUGGUGCAGCCACACCAACCUAACUUUUGAUAAAGCUACAAUGAGGAAAACUUAUUUCAAGCCCUCCACUGGUUAUUAUCAAUUCCUUAGGGAUCACGAAUUUGUUACAAGGGUUAGUACAGUCCUGCGUCAGCACAGUGGAACGGGGGUUGAGCGUAUGGAAAUUAAGUUUAGGUUGCACAGUAAGCAUGCAGAUCAUAUUGAUAGAUGGGUUAACUUUGCAAUUGCGUCGAAAGCAAAGGAGUUAGUUAUUGAUUUGUCAUGUUCGUCUAAGGAUGCAUUUUUCAGAGCGUUUGCAUAUGGAAAGAAGUGGAUCAGAGAAGAACCAUAUAAUUUGACUUCACAGUUUUUCAGCCCCAGCAAUGGUUUGCACUUGCAGUGUCUAGAGCUUAUGGCUGUAUCUCUGCAUCUGCCUUCUGAUUUCAAAGGAUUUCCGAACCUCAAGAGUCUUUCCUUAGUGGAUGUGAGUAUAACAGAUGAAGAUGUUGAGUGUAUGCUAUCCAAAUGCAAUCUUCUGGAGUUUUUUGAGAUUACGCAUUGUAGAAUGGUUACUAGCAUACGAAUGCUUCAUCCUUUGAACCGGUUUAAGCACUUGGUAGUGCAUGUCUGCCCCAAACUGCAAGAGAUUGAGCUGAACUGUAGUCCAACAACACUCAAGUAUGCUGGCGACAUGGUUCCGUUGAUAUUUGCUUCAACAUCAAGGCUGAAAAAUAUCGAUGUUGUGAUCUUCACUGUCCAAUCUGCUCUUUCCUACAUCGUCACUGGUUUUCCCAGUACUUUGCCAAGUCUUGAGACUCUGACCUUACUUUGUUACGAGCCUGAGAGAACUAUUGUACCUGAAGGGCAUUUCAAAUUUAGUUAUCUUCGGAAUCUGAGGUUGGAGUUAGUUAUGUGUGACGAUGGAAUCAGAACGACUGAUUUCCUUGAUUAUGCUUAUCUCCUGAAGAUUGCUCCUUUCUUGGAAACAUUGGAGUUGCAUAUGUGGAUGAUGAUGUACUGGCAUCAACCGUAUUGCAAAGAGGACGGCGAGCUAAGGAUUGGUCUUCCACACAAGCACGCCCAUCUCAAAUUUGUUCGUAUCAGUGGUUUUUUUGGCUACAAAGACCAGGUGGAGCUAGCACUUCACAUCCUUCGCAAUUCCGUCGCGCUCGAGAAGAUGGAGAUCACCCCAGAGCUAGAAAUAAGUUACGAUCUUGCAUCAGGCGAUGACUAUGAGAGGUCGCAUUACGUGGAUAGCCAUAGAGUUGCCACUGAAUUUAUUUGCAAAGCAGACCAUCGCAAUGUUGUUAAUGUGGUAAGGGUGCCAUCUUCUUCGUGGCCCGACGAGACAGCCAUGGAAGUGGACUGUCGUGCCUACGCAGAGGACAUCCCCUCGGGGCAAAUCAGACUUGUCUAGAAUGUUUGUGCUGCGGCAGUGUUGAAUUUGCUAGAUGUACUCCGUUUAGUUUUUACUUGUGUAUCAAUCAAAUGCAUUCGUCACUGGUACCACAUGAAAUACGGAAGAAAAUGAAUUUGCCAAAGAUAUAGUACGUAUGACGUUUUAAUGUAAGACAUUAAUUAUGCGUCUUCGACUCA